AUGGCUAAUUCAGAUUAUGUUGCGACGUUGAAGAUUCUAGUAAUCGGGGAGAGUGGUGUGGGUAAAUCAAGCAUAAUCCUAGCGUUCACAACGGGAGAUUACAAUGCAUCAUUCCCGGCCACAAUUGGAGUUGACUAUAAAUGUAAGGUGAUGGAUGUGAACGGAGUCAAGGUUAAGCUUGGUAUCUGGGACACUGCUGGACAGGAACGCUACCGGACAUUGACCUCCAGUUUUUACAGAGAUGCACAUGGUGCUAUUUUAGUUUACGAUGUGUCUGAACCAAAAUCCCUUGCAAAGUUGAAUGAAUGGGUUGAAGAACUGCAAGUAUACUCCACAAAGAAGAACAUAGUCUGCUUAGUAGUCGGAAACAAGAUUGAUAAACAUAACCGCGCAGUACCACGGGAACAAGGACAGGCGUUUGCACAGAAACACAGAAUGCUGUUCAUCGAGAGCAGUGCUAAAACACAGGAGGGAAUCAGCCUUGCUUUCGAGGAACUUGUGCAAAAGAUCAUAGAGACUCCAGGACUUUGGGAGUCAGGAGGCUCUUCAUCAAACAUCCGCAUAUCACACGACGAGAGGAGACAACAGGAGGAAUCUUCAUGUUACGACUACACCUGCACGAUUUAG